AUGGGGCACUCAAUUGAUAAUUGUGGAGCUCUUCGGGGAAGGGUACAAGCUCUGAUCAGGAAUGGAUGGCUAAAAAUUGAGGGAAAUGAAUCUCUUCCCAACGUCACUUCAAACCCAUUGCCUAAUCAUGGUGCAGGCAAUGGCAUGAAUAUGAUAGAACUUGGGGAUGAAAGCAAAGAGUCUCCUUUAGAGCCAUCCAUCAAUGUCAUACAGCUAGACUCUAUGUCCGAGGCACUGAUUUCACCAAUCGCUAAAGGACAAGAACUUGAAAAUUGGGAAGCAGAAGAUAUCCCUGUGCUUAAUCUCGAUGGUGGGCAAGUGCUAGAUCUGGAAACUGCCGUUAAAGAUGGUAUUUUACGUGGAAGUGGUGGAGGGUUGAUUUCCACAGUCGGCGUUGAGAAAUUGGAUCUUAAAAUGAUGUUUGAAGUCGAUGGAAGUACCGUCCGUAUUUAUAUGUCCGAUCUCAUUGUACCCAAUGCAAGACCCAGCGACGCUCUGCAGUCCAGACUUAUGAGAGAUCCAACAUCCUCAAAUGGUUCUCUCUUGGCCAAUAUACUUGCUUUACGGCAAAGCAAAAGCUCUGGGAUAAUACGUUGCACAAUACCAAAUGUUGUGACGUUGUUGAUGAAAGUUUCAGAGAGCUGUACGCAGCUUGCUUUAUCAAUUUUGUGGGCAGUUUGCAAGCUUGCACCAGAAGAAUGUGCUGCGCUUGCUGUGGAGGCAGGUUUGGCAACGAAGCUGCUUCUGUUAAUGCAGAGUAGUUGUACCUCUGCUGAAGCAGUGAUCAGCUGA